GAACAAACAUGCAGACGUUUGAUCAACCUCAUCAACAAGAAUUUAUCCUCAGCGCUGAGGCAGAUACUCUCAGAUCACCUUGCGCUUUUCACUUUCGAGCACUCAGAGAUCAGCAGACACCAUGGAGGCACCUCUUGUGUGUCUGGAUGAGGAGUUUGAGGACCUCCGGCCCUGCCAAAUGGAUGAGUUCGACCAUGAGCUGAACCACUCCUCUUGCUCCACCAACAACACCACCACCGCCCCCCUGGCCUCCAUCACACGGGAGGACUUCUCUGAGCUGGAGAACUUCUCUGAGAUGAUGAGUUUCAAGUCCAUGGAGGACCUGGUCAACGAGUUUGACGAGAAGCUUAACGUCUGCUUCCACAACUACAACACCAAGACGGAGGUCCUGGCACCCAUCCGUAACCAGACACACAGCCAGGAGGAUGAGGAGAGGUUGCAGGACGAAGAUGUGUGGGAUGCACUGACUGACAACUACAUCUCCACCUGGGACAACCCCGACCAAGAGGGACUCAACGGCAACCUGUCUGAGCAGGAGAUCCAUGAAAAAGAGGAGGAGGAGAUGAAUGAGAAGAAUGACAACGCCAACUGCCUGAAAGAAGAGCCUCUCAUCACAGCUGAUCAGGUCAUUGAGGAGAUAGUUGAGAUGAUGGAGAACUCACCGGAUCCUGGUGAAACUGAGGAAGAGGAUGAGGAGGAGAGCAGCCACUGUUCCUCCAGAACCAACCAACCCUCCCUGCUGGAGGAGAUCAGGCAGCUGUCACUGGCCUCCAAUAACAACUGCUCCUAUGAAGGUCUGAGUCUGAUGCCCAGCUCAGCGCUCGUGGAGCUGCUGCAGAGGGUGGAGGCUGCCAUCCGUGAGUUCUCCGAGGAGCUCGUCAACCAGCUGGCCCGGCGUGAAGAACUGGAGUUUGAGAAGGAGGUGAAGAACACGUUCAUCACUGCCCUGAUGGAGGUGCAGAACAGACAGAGAGAGCAGCGAGACAGCAGCAAACGUCGGCGCCGGGACAAAGCCCUGAGUCUGCAGGGAGGAGGGACGGUGACUGUGAAUACAGGAACCACCGGACAGAUGGAGAAGACAGGAAGCAUGCCUGCCAAGCGUUUCAGCAUGGAGGGACUGUCCAACAUCCUGCAGACGGGUAUCAGACAGACGUUUGGAGGCACAGGGAAUAACAAACAGUAUCUGAACACAGUUAUCCCUUUUGAGAAGAAAGGCACCCCUCCUUCUGUUGAGGAUCUGCAGAUGCUCACAAAAAUUCUUUUUGCCAUGAAGGAGGACAGUGAGAAGGUGCCUACGCUGCUAACUGACUACAUACUAAAAGUCUUGUGUCCUACCUAAGGCUUCGUCAGGCCAGGGGCCACAGUGUGACGGAGAAUUCUCCCACCAUCCCUCCCCACCUUGGCCCAAACUGCAUGACCUCCCUUCUUUUACCAUUAUCAACCAUGGAUCCUCACCAUCGACAUUAUCGUAUUCACCUCAACUAUGACAACUGCCUUUCGCUGAGCUCACCUGUUUCCCUCAGGCCGGUUGAAAAAUGACCGCCGUAUGAAUCGUUAAAAAGGCGGGAUGGCCGAUCCUGCUUUUAAAGGACUUCACUAAUGGAGCAUGAUAUGCUACUAAAUCUCACAGCACUAUUCUGGUACAGGGAAACAAUGUUAUCAUUGCUUUCUUUUCUUUCUUCCUUCACUUUGUUUUCUCUGAUCCAAGUUUUCACACAUAUUUUUGAACCGAUGUCUUUACCUCUGGGUUCUGUUGUUCGUGUUUCUCUUUAAGACUACACUGUUAACUAAUGAAAUGCCAUACUGGAUCCACAAGUGAUCAUAUCUCUGUAAUGUUUCAGAUUCAUUCGAAUACAAAAGCCAUGCACCUUUUCUGACAACUUAGUACUGUAGCUCCAUGAAUGAGAGGAGACACAUGAGUAUUACGGGUGCAGUGCUUUACACAGCUUUGACUCUCUUUGUCUUUAUUUGUCACUGUCUAAAACUACAGUGCUCUUUUAAUACUUUGACAUUUAUUUUUUAAUUUGUACCUGAAUCUUUGUUAUGAACUUAGUUGCUGAUUUUCUAUUUUGGUUUUCUGUGUAAUCAGAGUGACAGGUUUGUGUGCAGUCUGCCAUGUUCAGUCACGUGGAGGUGUUUCACUGUUCUGCAAAUAUAUCAUCACCCCCCCCCCCCCGGUGAGAUGAGCUCAUUUCAAUUAAGGCCUGCGUAUUAACAUAUUUAUGGUUCCUUUGCGCCAUGUAGUUGAAUGUUACAUCGCUAAUUGCAAAUUCUAAUAAACAUUCAAUAAACAUCC